ACUGCGCAAGUCGGGAGCUAUCGUAUCUAGGCGGAGCAAACUGUUAUGUUUACUAUUCAAAAAUAAAUGAGAACCUUGCUGUAGAAUAAUACGUUUGCUUAUCCUUCUUUAGAAUUGUAUUAAAUCUUUUAUAAAGAUGUACAAUUUCUCAUAAUUUCGAAAGUAAAUAAUAUGAAUCAGCUGAUACUGUGACAUCACUUCCGCAUCAACAACAAACAUGGCGGAUGAUUUCAAACGAAAUGUUUUGGGCACGAAAUGAAAAUAUCUGAAUUUAUUUAGUUGGUCUAGCUAUUAAAUGCAGGAAAAAUGAGUGGUAGCAAUAGAUUUCUUGCUGUUAUAUCUGUUCUAGAAGGGCGAGGGUUUCCAAAGCGAUCGAAGCAUAAGCUGAUUGUCGAAGCCAAGUUCGAUGGCGAGCUUCUGGCCACAGAUCCAGUUCUCCACUCUGAGGUCCCUGACUUCAAUCAAGAACUGGCAUGGGAACUGGACCGCAAAGCUUUACAGCAGCAUAGACUGCAAAGGAGCUCCAUUAAAAUACAAUGCUAUGCAUAUGAUUCUGAGACAACUAUGAAGGAGUCUAUUGGAUAUGUUGUGAUGGACUUGCGAUCAGCUGCAGUCAACAAGCAGACUCCCAAGUGGCAUCUGCUUCUUCACAGCAAGUAUCAUAAAACAAAGCCAGAACUGAAGCUUUCUCUGUAUCUGGAUGAAGAUCCAAACAAUGAUCAGCAACAGUCUGCCCCUUCUUCAGAACCAGCAGUAAGCUCUUCCACGAAUUUGAAGACUCUGGUUCCAGUCCUUAAUGAAGAGGAUGGUCACUAUCAAAUAGGCCCAGCUAAAUCGUGUACAGAGCAAUUUGUUCUAUCUGUGACCAUUGCAUAUGCCAAUAACCUUGCGCAGCUGAUUCCCAGUGCAGUCGCCUUGCCAUCAUCGUCCAGCGGAUUUUUCUUUUACUACUCUCUCCUGGGCAAUGAUGUGACAAAUGAACCAUUUUAUGAUCUCAUGACGCCGAGUUUUCCAGCUGAAAGAGCCUCUGUCAAAGUGAGGAGUAGUGUAGAGGCGCUCAGAAAUUUUUUCUCUCAUCAGCCGGGUCUUCAGAUUCACCUUUGUUGUGGAGACCAGUCUUUAGGUAACUGUGAUAUUCCCUUGACUGCACUGCUGAAGUCAGACAGUACAGAAAUCUACAUGAGGCCAGUCACAAUAGAGGGUUCUUUUCAGCUAUUCUCCGCAAAUAAAUCGAAGCAACAGGUGCCUGCAGCAUCGAACAAACUGUUACCCUGUGUUGGUGUGUCAGUAGUGCUUCGAAAAGAAGAUUUAGCAGUAAAGAGCCCUAGUCGUGAUGGUGGUGAGGCAGCUCUGGUCACGGGAGUACCCCCGAAUGUGGAAGGCAAAGCUGAGUCCCCAAGACGUAGCAAGAGACCAAGUGAACAGCAGAAAGAUGGAAAGUCGAAGAAUGGGAAGAAAUCUGGAGAGAACGAUGGUCAAUACUCAGAUGAUACAUUUGAGGACUCUGAGGAGCACACAGAGAAUAAACAGGCUGAAGGUGAAGCUCACAGCAAACCCCCUUCCUCAAGGCCAGCUGUCCAGCCACAGCCACAAAUAGUUCAACAACAGCAACAGCCUUCCGUCCAAACACAACUUAUGUACAGCAGUAAUGGUCUUCAUGAGAAAAUCUCAGUUCCCGCGCAAGCUCAUCACUUCACAUUCAGCAUUGAUUUGAGAAGCAUCAGAGACAACCAUUCAACAAACACAAUAAAUGUUUUCCUGAGAUAUGUGUAUCCAUUUUUUGGAAGUGCUGCUCCAAUUCUGACGCACCCUCCAGUAGAAAUCAGGAAGGGAUCUGAAGUUCUCCUCCCACAGUCAUUUUGUGCGUUUGACUUUGCGUGUACAAUGCAACAAUUGCAAGAUACCUUUGCCAGAGUGCCUUUGAUAGUGGAGGUGUGGAACAGAGAUCGGCAGCUUUCUCAAGAUGUUUUAGUCGGGACAGCAAAGCUCCCCCUCACUUUGGUCGUCUCAGCAGAUAGGACCCGCAUGAUGAGUUCAGCUGGAGUAACGGGGUGGAGACAGGAGGCUUCGGACAGAAUUCCAGUCACAGCAUCUGAUGGUUCUUCUGAAAGAUGUGCUGACAUAAGCCUGGUGCUGAGCCUGGAAGACUGGGGUCCUAUCAUACCUGCUAACAUGUCACAACAGCCAACUUCUGGACAGACAGGAGCUUCCAGCAUACAGUCGUCUGUUCCUAAUGGGCCGAGUGGUCCCCCAGAGCCUGUGGCAGGCGUCGGGGCCAGCAGCCCUCGUGGGACAGCUGAGUACCAGGCCGCCAUCGAGUUGGAAGUGUGGAAGGAGAAUCAAGAGAAAGAUUUUGAAAAGAAGCUCAAGACUAAGGAGGCUUCCUACAUGAAGGCUUUGGCUGAAGAGUGGAAAAAACGUGACACAGAAAGAGAAGUUCUGAUGCAGAAGAAGUUGAGUGAAUACCAGCAGAUGGAGGACCAACUGAGGAAAACUCUCACAGAUUUAGAAAGAAGAGAGAAAAGACUUGCUGUCAAUGAGCAGGAGGUUUCGAAACUGCGAGCAGAUCUUCAACGCGAACAUGAUCGCAAAUUACAAGAGAUGAAAGAAGCAUCGAGGAGAAUGAAGGAAGAUUGUGACCACCAGGUGGAGCUGCAGAAAAUGAAGUCAAAGGAAAUUGAGGACAUUACAAACAGGUACAAGCAAGAGCUAGCAGAGUCUGAAAAGAAGUACAAGUCAUUGGAAAAGGAAUUUGCCACAUACAAAGAACAGCAGACGAGAACUCCAGAAGUCAGACUGCAAACCGAGAUCAACCUUAUCAAUAUGGAGAAAUUGGAGCUGGAGCGCAAACUGGAUGCUGCCACUAAGUCCAAGCUGCACUACAAGCAGCAGUGGGGCCGUGCUCUCAAAGAGGUGGCUCGAUUGAAACAGCAGGAGCAAGAUGUGGCAAAGGCUCAUUUGCAGCGACAACAACAAGAGCUGGAGCACAUGAGGUUGAGGUAUCUGGCUGCGGAAGAAAAGGAAGUCGUCACGAAGGAAACUAGGGAGUUGGACGAUAUCAGGAACCAAAUCAACAAGUUGAAACAGAUGGAAGAAGAACGUCUUCGCAACACAUCAGACUCGAAUCAGCUCCCUAUUGUGAAAGAUUCUAAUGGAAAGCCUCUAAACAUGGACCUUGAUGCGUCUGUGGAUGAACACGUGUCUCGGUUGGUGGAAGAACGUGAUACUCUUCUAAGGACUGGAGUCUACACCACUCAAGACAAGAUCAUCAUGGAGUUGGAGAGACAGAUCAGAGAUGCCAUUGGCCACAAGGGGAGCUAGAUUAUGUAUGGCACAUAUUCAAAUAUCUUGGUAUGAUUUUAGAAAUUGGGAAGGAACUUCGGAGAAAACUUGAUUAGAUAGUGAUGGUACUGGGAUGGCUAUUUCCUCUCUACAAUGAUGAGUUGAUAGGUUUUGUUUGAGUGAAGAAAAGGACAUUGGUAUGAUUAAUUUUAUUAAUGCUAGGAAAAAGAAAGAUAGACAAACAGAAACACAAGAAGUAUAAUAGAGAAAUUGGACCUAUCAUUGGCACACACCUAUCACCUACUUAUGGGUGUAAGAAGGUGUCAAAAGGCUAGUGUUGUUCCUUUAAAUGGGCACCUAAUUGUACACUUUUUGCAAGAUUCGACAAGGAAAAGAUUGGUUGCUGUUCCUUUCAUUCUUCUUUAACUGUUGCUUAGAAGACUGAGAAAAGAACUGAACUUGUGAGAUCUGUAGCAAAGUGGAAGGGAAUGCCUUUUCUCUUAUUUAUGCUUCAUCCCUUCUGCUGACUCCUUCAUGGCUUGCCAUUUUCUGUUAAAGUCUGAUAAACUCAACAAAACCCUGUUUUUUGUGUAUGGUGUGACUUUUGUCCAUCAUUGAAAUUGUAGGAAAAGGGAUCACUUACAGACUUUCAUAUGUAAAUCACAAUUGAAUAUUUAAUUUUACAAGUUUGUUCAAAUCUUUCAACCUUUUGGGCAAACCAAUGCAGUUUUAUGAGGGAAAUACUUAUACUGAGAUUUUUAAAAUUGCCACUGCAGUAGAGUUCCCUCAAGGGGAUCGGCUCUAGAGUCAAUUUGCAAGUGUCAUUAUAUUUUUAUUGAACUCAACCGUUUAGUUUCAGGUCAAGGCCAGACAUUUUUUACCAUGAUCAUUGUAUUACACAGGUCUUAUGUAUAUAUGUAUAUAGAUUCCGAAGUGAAUUACAGUGUAUCUGCACUUGUCUGGUUUUGUUAUUCAUCCUAAGAUGGUAAGUAGAUUUCCUUUUCCAAGCCUUGUUUAUGAGCUUAAAUUGACACGAGACUUAAGAAUAUGUGAUACACCUUUAAUUUACUGUAACUGUAAUUUGAAAUUGAACUCCAUAUUUAAAGGCCCUUCAUAUUCUCUCAUUCUCACUUACCUUUUAUUCACAUUUCUCUCUUCUCACUCUCUCCCCUGUUCAUGUGAGUCUGUACCUUCUCGCCUGUCUUUAAAAGCAGUGAUAACUUCUUUCAAACUAUUUGUGUAUUUGUUCACAAGUAUUUUUAAAUGUACCCGAAUGCAAGGGACUUGCGAAAGAAAUAUACCUGUUAAUGAUUUUACGUAUGGUAGUGGUAGAGAAAAUUUAUACACAAUAUUGCCUUUCUUGUAGUAUAUAAAAACUUGUGACAGCAUUGCACUUUGAUUGUCUAAAGUAUGUGAAAGUUUUCCAAAGUGGAAUAUUUUUCUUUUGGUUAAAAAAUGAUUUUGAUGCUUACAGACAGUUGUGAAGGACUCACAGUCUCUGUUGGUUGUGUCGUGUUAAGACAAAUUUCAGUAGCUUUGGUGAUCGUACAGUGCGUGAUGUGGCAGUGCCGGUACAGUGUUGGAGUACAGUUUGACUGUUUUUGUGCUCGGUCUGUUAAUCUGUCAGUUUUGGUAGAUUAAUUUUAAAUUAUUACAUGUACAGUUCACGGUCAUGAUCAUUUUUCCGUCCAUUUACCGUUUUUUUCCUCCUUGUAUAUGUUUUAGUUUAUUUAUAUAACUGUCUGAGAUUUCUGUUUACGUCAACUUGAAAUCGCAGCAGAAAAAAUGCAUUCAAUACUUCCUCCAUUUUGUCCGCGCCUUUCAGAUUAUACAGUUUUUCCUGAUUUACAAACAAUAUUUUGAAAAUUUGUCUUGGGUUUAGAAAACUAUAAAAAAUUAUGUUGAAUCAGUUCUCAAAGGCACUUAAAUACCGCCUGAUAAUGCAAGUGCUAAGAAAUAGAUGUCACUGUGUGAUCUACGUUCACUUCAUUUAUGUGAUAGUAUCUUAGAUUGUUCUUGAUUUAUGUGACAGCUAGACAAUCACCUCCCUAACUUAAAUUCUUGUCUUUGUGUUACUGUUGCAGAUGUGGUCUGUUGGCUAGUUUGUUAAGGAUACCAUUCUUAUAUAAAGAUGUUAAUGAGUGAGUGGUGUUACUGUUAGUUUGACAUCCAAGACUGUUUAGUACCAGGUGACCCUGUCUGUUACUGUCAAGACAUUCCUGUGUUAUUAUGUCAUUGUUAAUGGAGGCAUUGUGAUGAUGGUGCAUUGCUGUAUUGAGAAUAAAAUAUAUGCAACUCAAA